AUGACAACUGCCUCGAGUGCUAAUAUUUCAGAUAAAGUAAUUUACAACAGACCCAUCAAAUAUACUGACGAUGAUGGCAGUCUAGUACACGAUUAUAGAAUACCCAGAUUACCUACUAAUUACAAAAAGGUUUAUGAUAACGAAGAAGAUUUUAUCAAUAAUUUAGGUUGCAUUAAACUAGCAAAGGAACAAGAUCUUGAUUUAGCUAUGAUUACUCUGGGUGUUGCUGACACAAUAAAAUGUUUGGAAUCCGUAAGGGGUAGGCCAACACAAACACAAUAUGAUUUAUUUUUGGAUAACAAUCUAACACCCGAUACAUUAGUUCAUAAUAGUGAAGGGGAAGUGACAAAAAAAAAUAGUGGUAUAAAACAUUUAGUUUUAAAAAAUAGGUAUGAACUUAAAAGAAUUGAUGAUGGAUCUGCCGAUGGGAAAUUGGCAUUAAUUGAGACAAAAACUAACUUGGAAUAUUUACCGCCCAAGUAUUUAUUUGAUGCCUUGAUGCAAUCACAUCUGUUAAAUCAUCAUUUGAGUGCAGACGGAAUGUAUCGUUAUUUACGAAAAUAUUACAGCAAUGCAUCAAGAGAUAUAUGCCGUCGUGCAAGAAACUUUUGUUCAAAAUGUAAUCCCAGCUUGAAGUUGGGCCCAUUUAAAAGACCACGUUUUAAGGCUUCUUCCAAUUUAUUACCAUUUGAAAGGAUCCAUAUGGAAGUUUUUAAAAUAUUUAAUGAUAAAAAAAAUAAACACGGUACUGUGGAAGACAAAUACAAAUAUGUUUUAUACUUUAGAGAUUAUCGGUCAAGGUACGUUUGGGUCUAUCCUUUGGAAGAUAUUACGUUGGGAGAGAUUUUGCAGCCAUUGAAAAGUUUUCUGUUGAUAUCAUGUUAUAAUGUACCUAUUUACAUUGAGAGUACCACCAUUGAGUUUCAAUUUUUGGAAGACCUGGUGAAACAUACGUGCGAAAUGUAUGGAUUAAAGGUUGGUUGUGGCGGUGGUGACUUAAAAAACUUCCAUAAGUCCGGUAUCAAAAAGUUUAAAGAAUUAUUAAAGGGUGAAAAAGAAGCAUGUUUGAAUGAUUGGGGCCAUAUAUUAAUGCUAGUACACCAGUAUAACAUUAAAUAUUUAGAAACGGUUAACGGUAGUCCUAAGAAGGUAUUGCUGGAGGUUUCCACUAAAAACAGCUCUGGAUCUAGAAAUGAGCAAUAUGAUAAUAAAAAGAAAAGAAUUUUGGAUGCAUUGCCAGCAAAUUGUAUAGAGAAGUUCAGCGGCACUACAGGUAUGUAUUAUAAAGAACCUGACGGGACUAUGAUUGCUUAUGAUGAAGAGGAAAACGAUUUUGUAGGGGUUGGUGAAUCCACUAUGCUUUAUUAUAGCCCACCUGAACAGGAUAUCAAUUCUGAAAGAACGGACGGAACUGCCAAUGAAAUUGUAAAUUCUAAUGAUAUUAAUGAUGAUGAAUCACAAGCCCCGUCAAAGAAAAAAAGAAGAUGA